AUGCAGGCUCCGAUUCGCAAUGCAGGCACCCCUCAGGACCCAGACAGAUCUGCCUCGCAGCCUCCAACGUCCGACUCCACAUUUGACGCGAAAUUCAAGGUCCCGCUCACCAGUACCGCCAUGUUCAAGCGAUCCUAUUCCUCUCAGCUCCCACCUCACACAGCCGCAAUUCUAGCGAAUAUCUUGCCAAUGAAAGUCGUAUUUUUUUGGCCGAGCGACGCUACUCCCUUGAUUCAGCCUAUGCUCCAAUGGUGCCCACUGCAUUCAUCGACCAGCUCGCUGGACACGAUGGAAAGCCACGUGGUGGAGGUGGCAUCCAGCUGGUGA